CUGACCUGGACAACAUGACCUGUGUGGGGUCCUUGGCAACCUGUGGUGUACAGUAUGCAGGCAGACACGGAAUAGCAGCCGCUGUCAUUCCCUGCUGCUAAUUACCAAACGGAGUACCGGCGGCAAAGCUUCCGUCUGGGCAAAUUAGACUCGUUCGAGCCUCCGUAGCCGGAUGACGUCAGCUCAGCAUGUGAGACGGAGCCGAGCCUCCGCAGCAGAGAGAGGGGCAGGCAGACUGAACACAGCAGCAGAGAGGAGGAGGAGAAGCCUCACUGAGCAGCAUUUGGUGCAGGUCCCAUUGCACAGCCACCACCUUUAUUUUUGCAGAGCUUCAAAGAUGUCAGGUGAAUUAUCCUUAAACAAUAACAUCAAGGAACCUCGUUGGGACCAGAGCACAUUUGUUGGAAGAGCCAAACAUUUCUUUACAGUAACUGAUCCAAGAAAUAUCCUUCUGUCCAAUGACCAGUUGGAGCGGGCCAGGCAAAUUGUUCAUGACUACAGACAUGGAAUUGUGCAGCCGGGUCUCACGGAAGAUGAAUUGUGGAGAGCAAAAUAUGUGUAUGAUUCUGCCUUCCACCCUGAUACCGAGGAAAAGAUGAUUCUGAUUGGAAGGAUGUCCGCUCAGGUGCCAAUGAAUAUGACCAUCACAGGAUGCAUGAUGACCUUUUACAGAACGACGCCAGCCGUGAUCUUUUGGCAGUGGAUUAAUCAGUCUUUUAAUGCCAUCGUUAACUACACAAACAGGAGUGGAGAUGCUCCCAUCACAGGAAGCGAACUGGGAACAGCUUAUGUUUCCGCCACCACAGGUGCUGUUGCCACUGCUCUAGGACUUAACGCACUAACCAAGCAUGUCUCACCACUAAUAGGAAGAUUUGUUCCUUUUGCUGCUGUUGCUGCUGCUAACUGUAUCAAUAUCCCGUUAAUGAGGCAACGGGAGUUGAAGCAUGGCAUUCCAAUCACAGAUGAGAAUGGGAACCGAAUCGGGGAAUCUGCUAAUGCUGCUAAACAGGCCAUCAGUCAGGUGGUGGUUUCUAGGAUCCUGAUGGCCGCCCCUGGCAUGGCUAUCCCUCCGUUUAUAAUGAACAGUUUGGAAAAGAAAGCUUUUCUUAAGAGAUUUCCCUGGAUGAGUGCCCCUAUACAAGUUGGAAUAGUGGGAUUCUGUUUGGUAUUUGCAACGCCUCUCUGCUGUGCACUUUUUCCCCAAAACAGCUCAAUGUCUGUGUCAGGUCUGGAGCCUGAACUGCAAGCAGAAAUUAAAAAGAAAAACCCAGGACUGGAGCGAGUGUUCUUCAAUAAAGGGUUAUAAUCCUAUCCACACAUCGGUCAUGGCGCACCAUGCAUUUUCAGAAAAUGUAUGUCCUUGACCUUAUAGGAAAAAAGCAGGUCCUAAACCCUUUUAUUAAUAUAACAAAUUUGUUUUAUACGUUUUAAAGAAAUGUUGCUGACUUUUUUUUUUUUUUAAAUGAAUUUUAUUAGACCACACAAUGGAAAGCACCAAUCCAAUGUUAAUUUUAUUUUUACAGGUUCAAGUUGGUCAGUGUGUAUGUACUGAACAUUAAUUUGUCGUUAACUGUAGCAUAGUGCAUUGCCAGUUCAUUAAUCAUCUCCCAAUAUGGUGACCAAACUGCUCCGUCUGCUUGCAGGCUGCCAGCUAGUAUUAGACAUUGUUGGGAAAUAGUAAAAUAAAAAAAUGUAUUGUCUUUGUGGCCAAAAAUAUGGUAGAACAUAUGAUGGUGCGUGUUGGUUUCUCUACAAGAGCCAGUCUUAUGUUGGGGUAGACUUCACUUAUCCGUUUAUUUCUUUCAGAUGUUACUCCUUUAUUUUUGCACAUAUCCACAUUGGUUUACAGAUGUAGAGUUUAUUUUUUGAAAAUUUGAUUUACAACACUUUUUUCAAACCGUGAAAUCCUGUCUCAGCUGCCAGAUAUUCUACUUUUUUUUUCCGGAACAUUGUUUUUGUUUGUUUGUUUCCUUUUAUGUACUGUACAUGAUUUUAACACCCAUACCUAUAUAGUAAAACAGCAGACUGGUAAUCCGGUUAAGGAUAAUUGGUAAAUAAUCUUGACUGCCAAAAGUUCAUUUAGUUGUGAUUAUUAGAUUUAUCAAUAUCUGUGAAUAUUGUUAAAUAUUCACAGAACAAAUUCUUAACAUCAUACAGAAGAGCUGUCCAAGCAACAAUCACACUGUUGGGGAUGUACGAAUAUGAAGUAAGAUCAGUUCCUCAAUGUAGAACCAUUUUCAUUCUAGCUGUAGAAGAAACUGAUUUUUUUUUUCUGAAGUCUUUAUAAAAAAUACUAUGCUUGUUAUAUAGUUGGAAAGUAAAAGCAUACAAGGUAGAAACCGUUUUAUUAUCUCUGCCAGAAGUAAAAAAAUAUUAUUUUUUAAAUAAAGACUUUUUGAUUUUGGACAAA